AUGCAACUGUUCCUAAUAUAUAAAAAAUUCCAUGAACUUUUGCAGGGUGUUCCUGCUAGUGUACAGAUAUUUGCUUGUGGUGCUUCCCAAAGUCAACCUGUGGCUCGACGAAGUUUUUUCCGAUGUUCUACCACCCAACUUAAAUGGAAUCAUGGUUCAACUGGACUUCUAGUUGUGGUGCAGUCAGAUGUUGAUAAAACCAAUCAGAGUUACUACGGAGAAUCAAAGUUAUACUACCUGACAACAGAUGGGGUGCAUGAAGGAUUAGUGCCUCUUCGGAAAGAUGGGCCUGUUCACGAUGCUCAGUGGUCACAUUCAGGCUUAGAAUUUGCUGUUGUGUAUGGGUUUAUGCCUGCUAAAGCAACUCUAUUUGACAAGAAGUGCAAUCCUCUACUGGAGCUUGGAGCUGGCCCUUACAACACAAUUCGAUGGAACCCAAAAGGGAAAUUUUUAUGUUUGGCUGGCUUCGGUAACUUGCCUGGUGAUAUGGUAUUUUGGGAUUACGUAGAUAAGAAACAACUUGGAACAACCAAGGCUGAAUGGUCUGUGACAAGUGAAUGGUCUCCAGAUGGGUGCUAUUUCAUGACUGCGACAACGGCUCCAAGGCUUCAAGUUGACAAUGGGUAUGUUUGUUGUCCAUUAGUGGGACCUUGAUCUAGUUAUUAUCUGAAAAUAUGCAUGUGUUUUCCCAUGGGCACUUGAUUAUGUUGUUAGUGUAAGAAGUCAUCCAGAAGGCUCUACUUUUAUUUUGUUCCAUUGGUCAAUAGAUUUUAUUAGUAAAAGUGAUUGAUUU